AAAAUGUCUAAUGCCGUUUCUAGCGUAUUAAGAGAAAUAACGUGCUGGCCGAAGACAGACAUGUAUACGUCCGGUCCUAUCCGAUACAGUAGGUAAUCAGUAUUAGGACGGUAUCAAAGCGAGGAAGGGUUUGGUGGACUGAUAACAAUCACCAUAUAUCUGCGCCCAUUUACUAAGCUUCAGCCAGGGGAGCCCAUUGAAUUGCAGAGUUUCCCACAAUGGGGACGCCAAGCGGGCCCGGGGGGAGAGGCAAGGAUAGAUGCUGCUUCCGCCGAAGACGGGCAAAGAGAAUAUAACGACGAAGAACAGCAAUAGGUGGAGCGGUGCAGAAAUGAUGUUACGAACAAAAGGUAAGCUGGCUGUGAAACGUGAAACAAUCACAGUUGGGUUACCUCGCCCCUGUUAAUCCAGGACGGUACCGUCCAGCUUGGGCGCGGGAGCUUGAUUCAUCUUUUCACACCGAGCAUUUUCCUCAUUGCGGUUGUAACUACUGAUAGCCCUACACUUCUCAUACUAGUAUUAUCGACUCGAUAUGGGCGUUGACUGUGGCUUCGGUGUUUAUCCCUCGCUUAGCGAGGAUCAGCAGGACGUAUACGAGGCUUUUCUUAAGGAUGAGAUCAAUCCUAGAAAUGGCGAACCCCUUAUCCAGAUUAUCGGCAAUACAGCAACGAAAAACGCCUAUGUCUUCUUUAAUGUUGGAGAAGGUCCGAUAAUACCCUACCGCUGCGAGUACUUUGUGCGCUUCGAAUCUGAGCUUGUCAGCCGCGACACCGUCCUUCCAUAUCUUGAAGGUGUUUACCUGAUUGCGCGACGGUACUUCGCCGAGACUGUACAGUUUUGGACGAGUGGAAUGUCACCAGCUUGGAUUAGGGUACCGAAUAAAAACCUGGAUGAAGGAUAUGUUCGCACUGAUCAUGAAUAUGUAUACAAGAUGAGACGAGAGACAAUACGCCUGGUGGAGGAAGAACAAGAGCGAAGCAGACAAGCCGAAUCUGGGAAUGAAACUACCUCUUAACGCGUCCUGUAAUCAUUCAUCAAGGUGUCGAAGAAGGGCUAGGCGGGAGG